CUAAUUCCAUCCCUCUAUCUCGACCAAGAGAGAAGAAAACCUCAAGAAACUUAUAAUUUUCCAAGAAACGUCUCUCUCUCUCUCUCUCUUCCAAAGAAUAGUAUGUUAAUGUCUUUGUCUUAAGAUAUAUACUCUGUCUCAAAGGAAAACCUUACAACAACACCCAUAAAACUCCUCGACUACUUGAUCUCUCUCUUUCUCUCGCCUCUAGCUAGAUAGGUACGCAGAGGGUUUUUUUACUGAGAAAAAGUUUUGUCUUACCCUCUAUAUGUUUCUCAUCUAUGUGACUUGAUCAACAAGUAAAUGAUGAGACAGAAUCUGAAAAAAGUUGAACAGAUCAAACAAGACGAGUCUAUGAAGAUGUUUCCUUAUGCCUUCGGUUUGAAUAAUUCUUCUGGGAACAGCGCAAAGAGAUCUAAGCCUAAGCUUGUAUAUCUUCUUCUCUUCACACUUGUCUCAAGUUGUUUUGUCUUUGCUCCUCACCUCUUUUAUUUCCCUUACCCCUCUGCUCUCUUUCUCAUAGAUUCUUCUAUAAAAGAGAUUGAAUACCAGGUUUCACAGAACAUUACAGAACCUCCCAAACCGUCUAAAAAUGAAGAGAGCAUAUCAUGUGACAGAACCGGUUACCGUUCAGACAUCUGUUUCAUGAAAGGAGACAUCAGAACACACUCUCCUUCUUCCUCCAUCUUCCUCUACACCUCCAGUGAUGACCAUGUCUCCCAAGAAAUAAUCAAACCAUACACAAGAAAGUGGGAAACUAGUAUUAUGGACACCAUCGGCGAGCUGAAACUUGUGAAGCUUUCCGGCGAUAAGCAUAGCUGCCAAGUCACCCACGAAGUGCCAGCCGUGCUAUUCUCCACCGGAGGAUACACCGGAAACCUCUACCAUGAGUUCAACGACGGGCUUAUACCUUUGUUUAUAACAUCUAAACGUUACAACAGAAAGGUUGUCUUUGUAAUUGCUGAGUAUCACAAGUGGUGGGAGAUGAAGUACGGAGAUGUUAUCUCUCAGCUCUCUGACUAUCCUCUCAUUGAUUUCAACAAAGACAAGAGAACUCACUGCUUCAAGGAAGCAAUCGUUGGUCUUAAGAUCCAUGGUGAUUUAACUGUGGAUCCUUCUCAGAUGCAAGGCGAUGCAACAACAACCAUCACUGAGUUCAAGAACCUACUUGAUCAAGCUUAUAGACCAAGAAUCAACGUACUGGACGCCGCAGAGGAGCGUCGGUUCAAGGGAAAAGCAGCAAAGAGAAGAAACGCUAAGAAGCCUAAACUAGCUUUGUUCUCAAGAACCGGGUCUCGAGCCAUAACAAACGAAGACCAGAUGGUGAAACUGGCUCAGAGGAUAGGGUUUCAAGUCGAGGUUUUGAGACCUGACAAAACAACGGAGCUAGCAAAGAUCUACAGAGUUCUCAACUCAAGCACAGUCAUGGUUGGAGUGCAUGGAGCAGCAAUGACUCAUUUUCUGUUCAUGAAACCUGGAGGUGUCUUUAUUCAGAUCAUUCCACUAGGGACAGAUUGGGCAGCAGAGACAUACUAUGGAGAACCGGCAAAGAAGCUUGGUCUAGACUACAUUGGUUAUAAGAUUCUUCCAAGAGAGAGCUCACUGUAUGAACAAUAUGAUAAAAACGAUCCAAUCCUAAGAGACCCAAGAAGCAUCACUCAGAAAGGAUGGCAGUUCACAAAGAGGAUAUACUUAACCAACCAGCAAGUGAGGUUAGAUCUGAGGAGAUUCAAGAAGAUUUUGAGUGAUACUUAUGCAAAAUCAAGUAGAUGACCUGUGCAAUGUGUAUUACAAGUUGUUGUUGUUGUAACUGUAGAGUCUGCACAAAAAACAGUAAAUGCAAAGUUCUUUUGUAACGAUUUAAAAUGUGACCGUGACAUUAAUGAAUUCAA